AGCAAGCGAGCAGCCCUUUCCCCGCCUCCCUUUCCUUCCCCUCCCAUUGACUGAUUCGAGCCGUGCGCUUCCCACUUCCGCCCCCUCUGCCUGCCAUUGGAACUAGCGAAGCCGAACAAGUUGCGGCCGCCGAACGGCCGGCGCUCCCCUCCUCCUCCUCCUCUCCUCCUCUGCCUCUCUCCUUUCCUCUGCUUCCCCGGCCGCCGCCGCCGCCGCCCCGAGGCCUCGCGACCGCCGAGCCCGCAGCCCACGCCGCGGCCGACAUGAGCUUCUUCUUUGGUAGUCGCUCCUCUAAAACGUUUAAACCAAAGAAGAACAUUCCAGAGGGUUCUCACCAGUAUGAGCUCUUAAAGCAUGCAGAAGCCACACUUGGCAGUGGCAACCUCCGGAUGGCUGUCAUGCUUCCUGAGGGGGAAGAUCUAAAUGAGUGGGUUGCAGUGAACACUGUGGAUUUCUUCAAUCAGAUCAACAUGCUUUAUGGAACCAUCACAGAUUUCUGUACAGAGGAAAGUUGUCCGGUGAUGUCAGCUGGCCCAAAAUAUGAGUAUCAUUGGGCAGAUGGAACAAACAUAAAGAAGCCUAUUAAGUGCUCUGCGCCAAAGUAUAUUGAUUACCUGAUGACUUGGGUUCAGGACCAGUUGGAUGAUGAGACAUUAUUUCCAUCAAAAAUUGGUGUCCCAUUCCCGAAGAAUUUCAUGUCUGUGGCAAAAACUAUACUCAAACGCCUCUUCAGGGUUUAUGCUCAUAUUUAUCAUCAGCAUUUCGACCCUGUGAUCCAGCUUCAGGAGGAAGCGCAUCUCAAUACAUCUUUCAAGCACUUUAUCUUUUUUGUCCAGGAAUUCAACCUUAUUGAUAGAAGAGAACUUGCACCACUCCAAGAACUGAUUGAAAAACUCACCUCAAAGGACAGAUAAAAGGAUGCAGAGCUGUAUGAAUUGUUCCUCAAAUGACACUGUGUGGAGUGUAUUUGGAUUUUGUUGUAUUUUAUCUCAGUUGUUUUUGUCUUAGGUUUGGGGGGCUUAUUUGGGUUCCUUUUUCUUUAUUCUCAAUAAAUGAAACCAUAUUCAUAUUCUAUUGCUAGAGGAAGCCAAGAACCAUUAUUGAUAGGGGUAAAUAUUGCCUUAGUGGCAUAAAGUGUUUUCAUUUUUUUUUUUUACUUGGUUUUGGUUACUUGUGGAAUUUUUGAUAAUAUGGUGUGUUGAAAGAAAAUGCUUAUUGAUUGGACUGCUGAUGGAUGGGGGUUCUGUGUUGUGUAAAUUGUGGCUGAUUUUUGAAGUCCCUGAAAGACUUGUUUUUAAGUGCCUUGGCAGGCUCACUUCUGAGGUGCAAAGCACAGACAUAGAACUGAACAGGGCUUGAAACAAUAUUAGGAUCACCACCCAGGGCACUUACUGAUGCAUGUUUUAAAAUGUCUACGAUAAAAGCCAUAGUUUACCUAACUUGGUGAUUUCCAGCUUUUACUACAGUGAAAAAACACAAUUUGUAAAGGUGUGCAUGUAGAACAUAAAAAUUUAGUAUUUCUUAAUUAUUUUUGAUAUUGAUGGUAAUUGUGUUCAACAAAUGCUCAAAGUUCUACAAGCAGGUCUUUUUCCAUCUCUUGAUAUCUGUGAUAUUGAAACUUGAAGAUGUUGAAAUGUAGUACCUAUUGCAUUUUGGCUUGUUUCUACAUGUUAACUGCACUGUAGGUGUAAAAAUUCAGGUUGUAUAUAGGUUUGCCAUCUUCAGAGGUGAUACUGAACUGUGAGGUUUCUUAGCAAUUGCCAAAUGAGCCAUAAGUCUGCAGAAUCCCCUUCUACUUUGAAGAGGAGGGGAGAGGAGUGUGUGUUUGGUUGUGGGGGUAUUUGUAUGGGGAGUUAGGGAUGGGAUUAAGUAUGGGGAGUCAAGUUCAAGAAAGUCCUGUCUAAAACCCUUGAAUAGAAUGGCAUGAAGAUUUUAAUCAAUUUCUUGUAAACAAAGUCUUAGAGACUUCCUUUUAGGAAUCCACUUCCAUGAGAAGUUAAAAAUAAAUUAUUAAUUUUAGGUAUAGACAUUAAACAUGGAAUUUAAGGACUAUUUGGGGAAAUUCAUCACUUUCCAGCAUUUCCAUUCAGUGAAUGGAGCUGGUGUUUGCCUAUCAUUUUAAAAUGAUACAGUACCUUCUUUGCUUAUUAU